CUCCCCUUAAUUUUUUUUUUUUGUAUAUAACAUUUCGUAGUCGGUUCUAUAUUUCAUUUUUUAUCUCUUUUUGUUUUUUGAUAUAAUGAAUAGUGAGCCAGCAACAAGAGAAGUUUCUUUAGAAAUGGAUACUCCUCAGUCAGUUUCUUCUGACUCUCCUUUACAACCUGCUUCUGUUGCCAGUGACCAAGAAGUAGAGACUGUUCAGGUCAAAGACGCAUUAUUAGACACUGGUCUUUCAGAAAGCAUGAUAGCAGAAGAAAUUGCUUUAGAACAAAACACUAAAAAAGAACAAGAAAAAAUCAUGAGAGAAGAGGCUCAAGCUCAAUUUGAUACUACUGUCAAGGCUCAACGUAUGAAGCGUCUUCAUUUCUUGCUUGAAAAAUCAGGUGCUUAUGCAACUAUUUUGGGUCGUAAAUUGGCAAAACAACAAGAAGAAGCUCGUGAAAGAGCAGCUCAGAUUGAUGCUCAAGAAGUGAAAGAAGAUACUGUCAAGAAGACUAGAGGCCGCAAACCUCGGUCUGCUACAGCUGCAACAAAAAAGAGAAAGACAACUGAUGCUGAUUAUGAAUUGACAGACUACCUCAAAGAAGAUGACAUCAAAAGACGUAAACAAGCAGAUGGCAGUGUUACAAAAGCCAUCAUUGAAGAACAAUCAGAUGCAAACAAGAAGAGCAAGACAGAAGAACCAAGUACCAAACCUACUAUUUCAGCACGUCAACCUGCACUUGUCACAGGCGGUAUUUUGCGUGAUUAUCAACUUGCUGGUGUAGAAUGGCUUGUGAGUUUAUGGGAGAAUGGUUUGAAUGGUAUUUUAGCAGAUGAGAUGGGUCUUGGUAAAACACUGCAGACCAUUGGGUUCAUUGCUCACUUAAAGUCAAUGAAAGUGGCUGGUCCUUAUCUGAUUGUGACACCUCUAUCGACUUUAGCCAACUGGGUAAAUGAAUUUAAGCGAUUCGCCCCUUCUAUCAAUGUACUUUUAUACCAUGGAUCUAAAGAAGAACGUCAACAUAUGAUUAACCGCAAACUGCAAAAAAAGAAAGAAACCGAAUUUGAAUUUCCUAUUGUCAUCACUAGUUAUGAAAUUGUCAUGAAUGAUCGUAAACACCUUCAAAAAUAUAACUGGAAAUACAUUGUGGUGGAUGAAGGACAUCGUCUCAAGAAUAUGAAUUGUCGACUUAUUCGUGAACUCAAGACUUAUUCUAGUGCUAAUCGUCUAUUGUUGACUGGUACUCCACUUCAGAACAAUUUAUCUGAAUUAUGGAGUUUGUUGAACUUUUUGUUACCCGAUAUUUUCGAUGAUCUAGACAUGUUUCAAUCAUGGUUCGAUUUUUCAGACAUCAAUGUCAAAAGUGGUCAAGACCGUAUUAUGAAGGAAGAAGAAGAAGACAAUAUUGUCAGUAGUCUUCAUACCAUUCUUCGACCCUUUUUAUUAAGAAGACUAAAGACAGACGUUGAGUAUGCAUUGCCAAAGAAGAAAGAAUAUCUUUUGUAUGCUCCACUUACUCAACCUCAAAAGAAUCUAUACGAUGCUAUUAUCAAGCGAGAUUUACGUGAAUAUUUAAUUAAACGCAAGACAACCACCUCAGACAAUCGCAAUGAUGACGACAAUCAGGACGAAGACAAUCCUGAUGAUGAUCAAAGCAGAAGACGUAAGAAAGACAUUAGUUACAAGGAGAAAUCGGAUCGUCAAUACUUUAAAGACCUUGAAAAGGAACCAGAACAAUCUGCGAUUGACGAAAAGGCUGAAGCCAAACGUGAAGAAGUGGCACAGGCUGUCAAGCAAGUCAAUGGCUUGCAUUUACAGAACUUGGUGAUGCAACUGCGUAAAGUCUGUAAUCAUCCAUUCUUGUUUGAUUGGCCUAUUGAUCCUGCUACUAAUACACCUGUGUUAAACAAUGAUCUUGCUGCUCAAUCAGGCAAAGUACUCUUGUUGGAUCGUCUUUUGACCGCCUUAUUUGAUCGUGGCCAUAAAGUGCUUGUGUUUUCUCAAAUGACCAAGAUGUUAGAUAUUUUAGAAGACUGGGCAACUGGAUUGAAGGGAUGGCCAAUCUGUCGCCUGGACGGUAGUGUGUCUCAAGAGAACCGUCGUCAACAAAUUGAGGAAUUUAGUGACCCCAACAGUGCUAUCAAGCUCUUUUUGCUAUCUACUCGUGCUGGUGGUCUUGGUAUCAACUUGACUGCUGCUGAUACAGUAAUUAUCUUCGAUAGUGAUUGGAACCCUCAAAUGGACCUUCAAGCUCAAGACCGUGUUCAUCGUAUUGGUCAAACAAAACCUGUUCUUAUUUAUCGCUUUGUAGCUGCAAAAACUGUAGAAGCCAAAAUCUUGGAACGAGCUACCGCUAAACGUAAAUUAGAAAAAUUAGUGAUCAGCAAGGGCAAAUUUAAGACGCCUGUUGCUACUGCAAAUGCUAAAAAGUCUCAGGAAAACACAGUGCGUGAAUUGGCUGAGAUUCUUGCUUCUGAAGACGGUGAACAAGUACAGAUUGUAGCUCAGGGGGAUAAAGUGAUUUCUGAUGCUGAUCUUGAAAAGCUAUUGGACCGUAGUCCACAAGUGUUUGAGAGUGAAAACACCAGUGAAAAUGACCUGUUUAGAGAAAUGGAUACUUCAGAGAUGCAAGAUGAGAAGAAUGAAUUCUUGGCUACUCGUUUAUAGUUGUCCUUAUUAUAUACAUACUGCAUUCAACAUCAUUAUUUUUAUACAUAAUAAAUCAUGUACUUUUCAAAGCA